AACCCAUCUGGAGUCCAUCUGUGCCUCGCUGGCGGUGGGAAGGACUCGACUGCAGCGCUCACAUAUGUGAGAGAGUUGGAGACACAUGCCUCACAUAUGAAAGCGCAACCAGAGUGAUUUACAUUGUUUGGAAUAAGACACGAGCAGGAGAGGACUAUCGUAGAGAGGAGACAGUGCAGAGAAGAACGUUCCUGCCAUGCCCGGAUCCCCAGUGGAUGGAAAGACUCAUUCUAGACCAACCGUCUCCGUCAUGCCUCCUCUUCCCUCCAUCAAUCCCAGCGGACCUCGUCCGGCAGCGUUCUCCACCACAGCACUGACCAAUGGGAUCAACCAUUCCCCCCCGAUGCUCAACGCCGUUCCUUCUCCGCCUCAGCGCUACAGCAACGGGCCUUCGUCAUCAUCUUCCUCUUCACUGGCCAAUCAGCAGCUUCCGGCGACCUGUGGCGCGCGCCAGCUGAGCAAACUGAAGCGCUUCCUCACCACUCUACAGCAGUUCGGCAACGACAUCUCGCCCGAGAUCGGGGAGAGCGUCCGAAACCUGGUGCUCGCUUUAGUGAAUUCCACCGUCACCAUUGAAGAGUUUCACUCCAGACUGCAAGAAGCCACAAACUUCCCCUUAAGGCCCUUCGUCAUACCAUUCUUAAAGGCCAACCUGCCUUUACUGCAGAGAGAGCUUCUUCACUGCGCUCGGGCUGCCAAACAGACUCCAGCACAGUAUCUGUCCCAACACGAACACCUCCUGCUCAGCACCAGCGCCCCGUCUCCAGCCGACUCCUCUGAACUCCUGCUGGACCCCAACGACAGCAGCAAACGACACAGUCCCAACCGAAGUAAAGAGAAUGGUUUUCACGAUCGGCCUCCCGCUUCCCUGGAACCUCCUGCCAAACGGAUCUGCACCAUUAGCCCCGCCCCCAGACAUAGCCCCGCCCACCCGCUCCAUCUCCCCGCCCAGAUCCACCCGACUCCGCCCCCUCUGCAACACUACGCGCUGGAUGACAUCAGCACACCUCAGCUGUACCGAGAGCCUCACCGAAUCCUGGAGCUGAGGGAGCUGAAGGACAGGCCACGACUGCCAGGCAGUAACGGAGGCUACCGCGAGGAACCUGUCGACCACAGACUGACGGAGAGAGAGUGGGCUGAGGAAUGGAGACAUCUGGAUCAUGUGCUGAAUUGCAUUGUGGACAUGGUGGAGAAAACUCGUCGUUCGGUGAGCGUUCUGCGGCGCUGUCAGGAGUCGGACCGCGAGGAACUCAAUUACUGGAGGAGACGCUCAAACCCACACGACGACGUACGCAAGAACGGGACGACAUCAGGGAACGCCCCCUUCACCAAAACACACAGUCCUCUGUCGGCAGAGGGAGUCAACGCAGACUCUCAGAGGGAUCUUCCCCUGCGCGCCGGCUCUGGCUUCGUGCCUGAUGAGAUAUGGAGGAAAGCCGAGGAGGCGGUGAACGAGGUGAAGCGGCAGGCGAUGGACGAGGUGCAGAAAGCCGUGGCCGAGGCCGAGCAGAAAGCCUUCGACAUGAUCACAACUGAGAGAGCCAAGAUGGAGAAAACCCUCGCGGAGGCCAAGAGGAAAGCCACGGAAGACGCCAUCCAGGUCAUCAACGAGCAGGAGGACUCCAGUGAGUGUUGCUGGAACUGUGGUCGUAAGGCGAGUGAGACGUGCAGCGGCUGUAACGCGGCGAGAUACUGCGGCUCCUUCUGUCAGCAUAAAGACUGGGAACGACACCAUCUCAUCUGUGCCCCGGGACUCCAGAACCAGCCCAAACCCUCGUCUCUGAGCGCUCGGGUCCUGGCCAAAGCCCCCGACAGCGGCCCCGUCCCGAGCCCCGUCCCGGAGAAGACCUCCCGCGCGUCCACACCCGCGUCGGACGCCAGCGCACACUAGCGCACACACACACCGCUUCAUUCCGGAGCGGGACGUUCAGACUCUCUUCUGCGAGUUUAUCCCACAGGACCUCCAGGUUUUGGUGCAGAUCUCCUGCGAUCGGGUUCACCCGCACAAACUGUUGUCAGUGUUGCGUCUGUUCGCUUGUUUGUGUCUGUGUGUGGUUCUGUACAUAUUCAUUCAUUAAUUUUAUUGCAUCAAAUUAAUUCAUGCAACACCACAGAUUAUACUUGCUUGACUUCAGCCAACACUUUAACAUUUCUGCCUCGGUGCGUUUAGAUGUCCGUCACAGCGAAUCCACAUGCUGGAAAACUAAUCU